AUGUCUCCCAUCCAAACUCUUGGUAAACUCCUGGUUCUGAUUCUCGUCUCUUCAAGCUCCGCCAUGUCUCUCACUCGCUACACCGCACCCAUUCCUCAGGGCGCGAAGGUGGUCGAGACGCGUGAGCAACUCAACCAAGUAGUCCGGGAAAAUCCCGAGACUGUCCUGUACGAUCAGGAUGGUGGCUACAUGUUGAAAGAUGAGAGCGGAACCGUGGUUGCUAUAGCUGCGGACUCUCUGUGUCCCGAGUUGGACCAGGCCUUGGCUGAAGUCGAGGCCCUGCAAGCAGAGACGAAGCUGGCUGGCAAUGCCAGAGACCAAGGUGAUACCUCUACCAACAAGAGAGACCUUAAUGAUGUUCAGGACACUAAUCGUCCACUUCGUUGUUCUCACCCUAGAUGCUUCAAUUCCGCCAUCUGCCUGACCUAUACCGAUUGUCACGUCUGUUUGCGACAGCACCACUGUAUCUGA